UACUUCUAUGUGUAUUUUAAAAUACCUUUCUAAAAAUGAUUUUUUAAGAAAAAUAUUUUCUUUUUGCUUUGUGUUUCGUGAAUUUUUUAAUUUUUGAUUAUUAAAAUUUUCUGAAUAUAUAUUUAAAUUUUCGUUACAGUGAAAUAAAUUUGCAAAUUAUUCUGAUAAAAUAUUAGCGAUAAAUGUUGUUGUGUUCUUGUUUUUGAAGCGAGAGGGCAGAAGACGACAAAAAUUUAAACAAAUAUUUGGCUUUCUGUGCGUAGUACUUCUACGAUAUAUGUAUAUUUUCGACGUUAUUUUGUAUAUUUUUAGAACUAGGUUCUUACAAAGUGACACAAACAGUGUAAAGUGUAUAUUGACGGUUUUAUUUAGUGUUAUUGCACUUUUAAAUUUAUUUACAAUUAGUUUAUUGUUUCAGACACAUGGGUUCAUUCACUUGAGUCUACACGAAUUUAAGAUCUUCUAUAAGUAAAUUUCCGCAAUCCUUCUAUCUUUCUAAUUUUGUUUAUUUGUUGUUUGCAUCUUCUUGAUUUAUUCACACCAUUAGUUUGGGUUUGAGUAUAAAGUACAUAAUAUAGUAUAAAUUUAUAUUGACUCAACCUAACAAUUUUAGUGCAAAAUAAAAUCAAUUUGUUUAUUUCAAUUUCGGACAUUUAUUGCUUUUUUCUGCCAAUUGAUUAUUGAUUAUAUGAAGUCUUUUUUUGUUGUUUAAAGCUUGUGGAGAGUAAAUAAAAAUGGUUUAUAACAAACAAAUAGAACUUAAAUAUUUUAAAAAAUAAGAUCCAAUAAACCAAGUUAAGAUUCUACGAAAAAACAGGAAACAAUUAAUCUCUGCCUCAUUGUUAAAAAAAAUAGUGAUUACUUUAAUUUUCAAUAAAAUUAUAAAACGUUUAUGAAAGUGUUAAUUGUUAAUAUAAAAACGUAACAAAAUGGCGUGUUGUGGACAAGUUACUGUUAUCCGGCCUCCUAUCGAAAUGAUCAGUCAAAGUGAUGUCCUUAAGCUCCGAUAUGACUACUUAAGUGUAGACGAUAAUUCCAGGGGUCCUGAUCAAAUUCACGUUUCAAAAUUCUAUAAGGAAUCCAAGAACGGCAAAUUCGUAAGUUAUAUUACGGAGAAUGUUCGAACCCUUUAUCAGACUUUCCGAGAGGGAGCGUACGCAUCAAACAAUGGGCCAUGUCUUGGAUGGCGAGAGACAUUAUCAUCAAACUACCAGUGGAUGAAUUAUGAUGAAGCUCUAUUACGGGCCAAAAAUUUUGGAUCCGGAAUGAUCUCAUUAGGCAUUAAACCAAAACAACUAAUUGGUAUUUACUCAUUAAAUCGUCCCGAAUGGAUACUUUUCGAGCAGGGAUGUUAUUCGUACUCGCUGGUGGUAGUUCCUUUAUAUGAUACCCUUGGACCAGAUGCAUGUGCUUUUAUUAUCCGUCAAACAGAAAUGCAAAUUAUAGUUGUAGAAGACGAUGGCAAGGCAAAUAUGCUAUUAGAAAAGGCUCCACGUACCAUGAAGAUAUUGGUUACAAUUAAAGGAGUUAAACAAAAGACUAUGGAAAGAGCUAGAAGUCGUGGUGUUCAGAUAUUUACAUUCGAUGAAGUUGAGAAACUAGGAGCAAAAGGUGCUCAUUUAGAAGUACCACCAACCCCAGAGGAUCUAUGCACAAUUUGUUAUACUUCUGGAACAACAGGCAAUCCAAAGGGUGUUAUGUUGACACAUGGAAAUGUUGUGGCUGGAGUGUGUUCAGUUAUUUUACAACUUGGUGAUCACAAAAUACGUGCUGGAGAUAUUAUGAUUUCAUUCUUACCACUUGCUCAUAUGUUCGAAAGAUGCUGUGAAAAUGGAAUUUACUAUGUUGGUGGGGCUGUAGGAUUCUAUUCGGGCGAUAUCAAAGAGUUAACCAAUGACCUGAAGGCUUUGAAGCCAACAGUAAUGCCUGCUGUUCCAAGACUCUUGAAUAGGGUUUAUGAUAAAAUUCAAGUGGACAUAACAAACUCGUCAAUUAAACGAAUGCUUUUCCGAAUGGCUUUGAAUUCCAAAGAGGCCGAAAUUCGCAGAGGUAUCAUGAGGAGAAAUGGAUUUUGGGAUAAGUUAGUUUUUAAAAAAGUUCACCAAGCUUUCGGAGGAAAUCUUCGAUUGAUGGUUGUCGGAUCAGCACCUCUUGCUGGAAAUGUACUGACGUUCAUACGUUGUGCCUUAGGAUGCCUCGUUGUAGAAGGCUAUGGCCAAACUGAAUGUACUGGAGCAAUAACCCUUACUGUUCAAGGAGACUUUGUCCCAGAACAUGUUGGCCCACCAGUUUCCUGUAAUGCUGUUAAACUUGUAGACGUUCCAGAAAUGGAGUAUUUCGCUUCCCAAAACACAGGCGAAGUAUGUGUUCGAGGUUCAAAUGUAUUCCACGGAUACUUUAAAGAUCCUCAAAAAACAAGUGAAGCAAUUGAUUCUGAAGGAUGGCAUCAUACUGGUGAUGUUGGUAAAUGGUUACCAAAUGGAACACUGAAGAUUAUUGACAGAAGAAAACAUAUAUUCAAAUUAAGUCAGGGUGAAUAUAUUGUGCCGGAGAAAAUUGAAAAUAUUUACACAACAAGUCAAUACGUUAAUCAAGUAUUUGUGUAUGGUGAAAGUUUAAAGAGCUGUAUAGUUGCUGUAGUGGUUCCUGACGUAGACGUUCUUAAAACAUGGGCUCAAGAAAACGCAGUUAAAGGCACACUGUCAGUUUUAUGCAAUAAUCCAGAUGUGAAGAACCUUAUCAUGAACGAUAUGAUUGCAUGGGGAAAACAAGGAGGACUUAAAUCAUUUGAACAGGUGAAAGACAUCUACCUGCAUCCGGAUCCAUUUUCUGUUCAAAACGGAUUACUUACACCAACCUACAAAACAAAAAGGCCGCAACUUAAAAGUUACUUCAAACCCCAAUUGGAAGAUAUGUACAAGCAUUUGGACUAAAUUUUUCCUUAAAUUAAAAUUUCAUAAAUUAAAAAUUAAAUUUUCCUUUAUCUAGUAUUUCUUUAUUGUUUUUGAUAAAUAAAUAAAUCAAUCAAUUAAAAUGGUUGUAAAUACUACAUAAAUUUAAUUAUAGUAAAAACAAAAUCAAACAACAAAUAAAAACAAAAACAAAAAGUCCAAGCUAUAGUAGAGAUUGAUAUACAUACAUACAUUAAUUACGAGUACAUAAAUAAACUUAUGAAUUAUGUAGAUAAAUUUGUUAAAUGAGGUCCAUUAUGGGUAAAACUAUAAUAAACAUAUAUAACUACUUAAAGUGAUAUAUAUCUACUUACAAAGUUAUUAAAUAAAAAAAUUACUAAACAAAUUAAAAAAAAGAAAAAAACAAAUUUAAAUCAAAUUUUUAAAAUUUAUUUUUAUUUAAGCAAAAAUAAGUAACCUUGAAAAAAUUAUUAUUGUUUUGGUUAUAUAGUGCAAUUUAUUUAAUUCUUAAAUUCUGAUCACAAUGUAGAUUUUAGUGAAUAAAAUAAAUAAAUUUAAUUCCAAUUA